AUGUAUGGAGUGUUGGUAAUCGGUGCACCCGGUGCCGGAAAGUCCACGUUUUGUGCCGGACUGGCUGAUGUUUUUGCACAGCUGAAGCGAGACUACGUUAGCAUCAACCUCGAUCCAGCGAAUGAUAUUACACCCUAUGAUGUGCAUCAUGACAUACGGGAACUGAUAACUGUGGAAGAGGUCAUGGACAGGUUGCAGCUUGGCCCAAACGGUGCUUUGAGAUACUGCAUCGCAACGUUGUCGGCAAAUAAGGAUUGGCUGUUGGAUAUCUUGACUUCGACACGGGAUCGAUACGCGAUCAUUGAUUGUCCGGGCCAGUUAGAAAUCUACAAGAGCGACGGCGACUUUUGCUCGAUGAUCCAAUCAUUGCAAAAGAGCGGCGUGCAACUCUGUGCUCUUCAUCUAUCCGACUCGACUUACUGUACCGAUGCGGCCAAGUUCAUUUCCGUUGUGAUGAGUACGUUGUCCGUGAUGAUUCAAUUGGAGAUGCCACAGGUGAACGUCCUCUCAAAGGCUGAUUUGCUCCCUGAUGACAUACCCUUUGAUAUAGAGUAUUUUACACAAUUGCCGGAUAUCAGUCGCUUGUUGGAGAUGUUAAACGAUAUCCCGGAACUUCAGAAAUAUCAGAAGCUCAGCGAAGCCAUUUGCCAAAUCGUCAACGAUUACGAUUUGGUUUCAUUUGCAACACUUGACGUGCGGAAAAAGGAGGAUAUGGCCAAGAUUGUCGUCAUGGCUGACAAGGCAAACGGCUACGCAUUUGUCGACCGAGGCGAUAUAAGAGAAAUGGUUAUACCGCGAGUCAUUGAUGAGAAAGUAAGCACCGAUAAACGA